AUGGUCAGGAUGAAAAUGAGAGCCGCCAAUAUGCACAAAAGCAAGAUGGAGCAGCUCUUCCGGUGUAUGGACGCAGACGGUGACAAGCGGAUCCAGAAGCACGAGUUUCAACACGUUAUGAAGGACAAUCACAUCCGCACUUGGCUGUCCUCCAUGGACAUGGACCCCGGCGAUGCGGACAUAAUGUUCGAUCUGCUGAGAGGCGACGACGACCUGAUUAGCGUUGAGGAGCUGAUCACGGGAAUCGGCCGCCUGAGGGGCCCCGCGCGAUCCAUAGACAUGCGCAGAUUGUUGGCGAAGUUGGAGGAGCAGCGCGGCACGGACGCGAAUACUCAAUUCCCGCAUUUAGGGGUUGCGGCAGUGUGA